AUGAGGCUGAUAAGAGUUGAUGAGGCUGAUAAGGUUGGUGAGGUUGGUAAAGUUGACGAGGUUGAAAAUUCUGGUGAGGUUGGUAGAGUUGAUGAGGUUGAUAAGGUUUGUGAGGUUGGUAGAGUUGAUGAGGUUGAUAAGUCUGGUGAGGUUGGUAGAGUUGACGAGGUCGGUAAGGUUGGUGAGUUUGGUAGAGUUGAUGAGGCUGAUAAGGUUGCUGAUGUUGGUAGAGUUGAUGAGGUUGAUAAGGCUGGUGAGGUUGGUAGAGUUAAAAAAGUUGAUAAGGUCGGUGAGAUUGAUAGAGUUGAUGAGGUUUGCAAGGUUGGUGAGGUUGGUAGAGCUGAUGAGGUUGAUAAGUCUGGUGAGGUUGGUAGAAAUGAUGAGGUUGGUAGAGUUAAUAAGGUUGAAAAGAUUGGUGAGGUUGGUAGAGUUGAUGAGGUCGGUAAGAUUGGUGAGGUUGGUAGAGUUGAUGAGGCGGAUAAGGUUGUUGAUGUUGGUAGAGUUGAUGAGGUUGAUAAGGCUGGUGAGGUUGGUAGAGCUAGUAAAGUUUAUAAGGUUGGUGAGUCUGGUAGAGCUGAUGAGGUUGAUAAGUCUGGUGGGGUUGGUAGAAUUGAUGGGGUGGGUAAAGUUAAUGAGGUUGAUAAGGUUGGUGAGGUUGAUAGAGUAGAUGAGGUUGGUAAGGUUGGUGAGGUUGGUAGAGUUGAUGAGGCUGAUAAGGUUGGUGAUAUUGGUAGAGUUGAUGAGGUUGAUAACGUUGGUGAGGUUGGUAGAGUUGAUGAGGCUGAUAAGGUUGGUGAGGUUGGUAGAGUUGAUGAGGUUGGUAAGGUUGGUGAGGCUGGUAGAGUUGAUGAGGCUGAUAAGGUUGGUGAUCUUGGUAGAGUUGAUGAGGCUGAUAAGGUUGGGGAG